UAAGUUCUGUUCCGCGAACGUCAAGGCGACAUCCGCGCGCGAAAGUGACAGCUCCGAAUGGUGUGCUCCAAUCUCUCUCCGGAGAACAUCGUGGGACAUUACAAUUGUAGAAAAGGGUCCUUUUGCAGGCCGUAAUUCUGUCAACUCUACUUUACAUCCUACCUCUCUAAAAUCAACUACUCUGCAUCAGGGGUGUUUCACGUGAUAUUUACAAGACUAAAAGUGGGCAUACGCGCACAUAAAACGCAAAUCGCAAUCGGGAACAAGGAAAAGCUCGAAGUCAGAAAAGAGCAGUGAAUACGGAAGGGACGGCUCGUAAGAACUCCAGGCGGAAUAGCCUUUGACUGUGAUGUGGUGGAGCCCCCCGGGGGGCUGCGGGGGCAGGAGGUCAGAGGUAGAUCGGUCGUGAGGACAACAAGCACGGCUCGGCUGUCCCGUGGCGAAAUCGCCGGCAGGGCGGAGGAGGAGGUAGGAUGGUGUGACCUCCGGCGUCAUCCCGCCCGACGCGGAGUUGGUGCUGGAGGUGGCGGAGGUGGUGGUGGAGUCGAGCAGCUACUGCCCGACUCAGAGGAGGAGGAGCCGACGGCGAUGUCGAGGCAGCUUCGAGGCGAACGGGACCACGUGAGCCGCGACUACCAAGAGGGCUACCUUAGUGACUUUCGGGAUCUGCCCGAUCUCAGGGAUUUCAGGGACUUCCAUCGAGAUCUCGGAGACGAGAGAGACGGUCAAGGACUUAGAGAGAGACCCGUGGCUGGCAGGACCUAUCGGGACGAUUAUCCGGAGGACUACGAUCAUCGUCCUACCGCACCAUCCACCUCAGCGAGUCUUAUCAACAAUCCGGGAAAAUUGAACGGAAGAGUCACGCUGCAUGAGAGUCGCAACGAUCUGCAGUUAGUGAAUCUGUGCGUACCUACAAGAUCGGCGAUCGUUGUAAGUAAAUUAAUCGUGAUGCUGCUCGAUACAACUUGAAGCUUCAAAAUAUCAAAUAUCCACAUAUCAAUCACGUGCAACUGCACAGCACUGCGUUGGUCGAGAUUCGAAUUCGCUUCUAUUUUAUUCGCACUUCUAUAAAUCGUCACAUAUGUUUUUAAUAAAAAAAAAAAAAAGAACUGUAUCACUGCACGAUUUUGCAGCCGUAGAUGACUCUUUCAUUCUUACUGCAUACAUCAAUUUUACACUUCACUAAUAAAUAAAAAAAUUUGUAUCAUCGCACACAGUUAAUAAAUGACUGAUUUAACUC